GCGUUUAGACCUCUGGAAAAGUUAAUAGGUCUAUUUGACAAUUGACUAAUGUCAUUUUUUUUGUUGUCAACGUUUGACAAAAUAAUUAAUAGGCCUAUCAAGAUGAAGUAGGCUACCCAGGUUCCAGUUACUUUGUUGUAGCCUACUCUGAAGAGAAGUGUAUUAUUUUAUCGAAGAAGGCACUGAAACACCAAAAGAUGGACUCACCAGCAAGCGCCCUCUCUCGUGCUGGGAGGACUUUCUGGACAGUUUGGGUGAGUUUCUGCUCUGAAAUAAUUUACUACAGAAGGACACCGUUUUUAUAGCCUACCGUGAUUGGUUUAUUAUUUCCUAUUGUUACCAGUACUAUAGUUCUAUUUUAGACUAUUUAAUAAUUUGCUGAUGAACAAUUCAUUUGAAUUGAGAACUUCCCCAAGCAGGAGAAAAAUAUAAUGACAGAAUUAACUGUAUUUCACUGUACCUGGUUUGAUGUAAUGUGAUCAUAUGUUAUCAUAUAUGGACUCUCUCUCUCUCUCUCUCUCUCUCUCUCUCUCUCUCUCUCUCUCUCUCUCUCUCUCAAACACACACACACAGAACUACUUAACGGAAGUUGUGGGAAGGUAUCUAAGCCCAGAGCCCACUAACAUAGGAACCAAUGACACAAACUCAAGACAGGAAGUUACUGCUGCACCACAAACAGAAGACCAUGUUGAUGGUGCGAAAAAUGAGAUAAAGGCAACUGAGGUCACUUUUGAAAUAGGCUCUGAGCUUAAGAAACCACGACAUGCCGUUGCCUGGGAACAGUGCAAUGUUAUCAUUGGUCCAGGGCUCGGCAGAGAAAAUGUGCAAUACACUGGACAAUCCAACAGAGGGAGUGAUAGCAAAGCAUCCCAUGAGGAGGAGGAUAUAAAACAAGAGCAGGUGGACCAAACAGAAAAUAAAGACACAAUCCAGCAUGUUACUAAAGAAGAAUUAAAUAUGGGGAAAGGGGUCCAAUCGGUGUUAUUCACUGGGGUCCAGAUCUUAUUCAGAGAGCCGACAUCUGAAAGGUCUAAGGAUCAGGGAGCACAAGGACAUGCUGAGAGUUACAACUGUGCUGAAGCAAAUAGAUUAAGAGGUGCAGUGGCAGCAAGAAAAGAGGAAGAAGAAGAAGUUACUGAAGAAUUCCACUGUGGUGAAGAAGGAACCAAAACAGAGGAACAUGAAAAUAAUAGAGAUGGAGAACUACAUUUUGAUAUAGAGUCCCCAAACCUUACAUCAGCCUGUGCUGAACCUGCCGCGCUUUUAGAUAAGAAUAGGGACGAGGAAAAUAAGGACAGAUUAACGAUACACGAUGAGCAAAGUACAGAGGAUGAAACCAUGGUAAGAGUCAAUGAAAAAGUUGGAGAGGAAGAAACGGCAGUGCUCUUCAUGGAGACAGACAAAGAAGGGUGGAACGUAGCAGAAAUAGUAGAAUUCUCGGGGGGAGGGGAGAAUAGCGAUGAUCUGUGUGUAAUCAAAGAUGAAAUUAGUCAAGAUGGUAAUGAAGGGAAGAAUGGCAUAGACAUGGAAGAAUUUAGGAGGAAGGAGGAGAGCGAGGAAGAGAAUGGAACAAUAGAAGAGAUGGACACAAGAGAACAGGAAGAGAUAUUGGACGGGGACUUUGGACCAUACAAUGAUUUCAAAGUCUCAGAAAACAAUAACAAACAUGAAUAUGGUGACAAUCGUUUGAAGUUUGAUGAAGGAACUAUAGAGAAGCUUGAUCAAGAAAAUGACCCCAACCCACGACUGCUUUGUGAAGGAUUAUCAGACUUAGAUAGAAAAUUGGGAAGAGGCCAGGACAUUUUUGCUUCUGAGGCAGAGUUAGAAUUACAAAUAGCCUAUGACAAAAGAGUCUUUGUGUCAAAUGAUGAGAUAACUGUUGUUACAGACGAGCAGAGAAUGGAGUGCAAUAUUGAAAGAAUUGACAGCCCAGUGUUAGAGGAUGGAUCCAAAGUGAUUGAGGACGGGAUAGAAGACGUUGUAAUCAACAUUGGGACGAAGGUGGAUACAGAGGCAGAGGAUGUGAAAGAUAAAGUGACUGGACUGAAUACUUUUUUUGAUCAGGAGAGAAAUAAACUAGAGGAAGAAAAGAUCUCAAAAGAAGACGAGGACCCCCUUAAUGAAGUGGAGGAAAAACUUAUUUCAGUGGUUGAUACUGUGGAAGACAACAAUAGAGUGGAAAUCGGAGGCGUGGCGAAAUACAUUUCCCUUGGGCUAUGUGAGGAUCCUGUUGUGGCUCAGGAGCCAAAACAUGUAGCGUGUGAAGAAACUCGAGAGGAAAUUCCGGAAAUCAACAAUGGCAAAGAGUUAGACGAGAAUACGGCACCGAAGAUCCUGGAAGUUGACGACGAUGAUGUCAACACCACCCAUUUACAAGAAGUACACACCGAUAGUGAUACCAAACAGUUAGAAAGUGUAGAGAACACUGGAACUAGUUUUAAAUCGGACAAUUCACCAGUGAGUGAACUCAUGGAAGGGAAAGAAGAUCCGAAAACUGUUGAAGGAUUAUUUGAAAGUGAGGAUAUUGAGAAUGCCUCUGAUACAGUAGUAGACGAGUGCGCGGUCGAGAAAGCAGCGAAAUCACUGUGGGAAACGGAGAGAACAGAUUCUGUAUUACUGAAUGAAACAGACACUCAAAUACUAGAGGACCUAGCAAAGACAAAAGCUGAAUCACAUGAAUCAAUGGAGAUUGAGGUAGGACUGUCAGAGGAAGCAGCAGAGACAGAUGAGACACUGAGAACAGAGGCUGGAUUAUACAAAGACACAGAGGAGAUAAAGGCAGAGUUUAGAGAGGGAUGGAUGGAGUCAAAGGCAGGGGAGACAGUGGGGACAGAAUUUAAAUCAGUGAAGGAGACACAGGCAGAAAUACCAGCAGCGAAGACAGGGGUUGUGCCAUCAGAGGACAAAGAUGAGACAGAGUCUGGAUUAAUGCAGGAAUCAGCAGAUACCGAUCUUGGAUUACUAAGGAAAACUGUGGAGGAAGGGGUACAACAGGGGGCAGAGGUAGACACACCAGAUGUGAGGACAGAGACCGUGCUAUCAAUGGAGACAAACACAGAGGAAUUAGUGGAAUCUGAGGCUGGGGACACGUUGGAAACUGAAUCUGGAUUAGUGAAAGAACAUGAGGCAGAAAUACCAGAUGUGAGGACCGAAACUGCAUUAUCAGAGACAACUGUGAAGACAGAGGCAGGAUUAUCAAGGAAAGUGACAUUGUACCCAUUAUCAAUUCAUACAGAGGCUGUGUUUCUCACAGAGACAAAGGCUGUUUUUUCUAAUGAGUCACUGGAAACAGACAAUGGAUUAUCAGACAAAUCAUCUGAGGCUGGGACUAAAUUACAGGGAAUGGUAGAGACUGGUUUACCAGGUUCAACAGAAAUAGAGGCCAAAUUAUUCGAGACAAUGGUUUGUGGAGAAGUUGUACUAUCACAGGACACAGAAAAUGGAUUAUCAGAGGAAAAAUAUAAUAUAACAUCUACAUUAAUGGAGGAAUUGGUGGAGUCAAGGGCUGGGGAAACAUUGGAGACUGAAAAGGGAAUCAUGAAUGAAACAGACGCAGCAAUACUUGAUAUGAGGAUAGAUCCAUCGCCAUCAGAUGAAACAGAGUCUGGAAUAGUUGACACAGAGGCCAGAAUGUUUUUGGAAACAACAGUGAUUGAGUCUGAAUUAUUGGAGGAAUUAUCUGAGACUGAGUCUGGAUCACAGAAGGACAAAGAGGUAAAAAGACAGAGGACUGAGACAGAGCCAUCGGUGGAGACAGAUGUAGAGGAAUUAGUGGAAUCUGAGGCUGGGGAUACGGUGGAGACCGAAGUUGGAUUAGUGAGGACAGUAGCCAAAUUACCAGAGGAAGUUAGGCCAAAGAUUGAGCUAUUAGAAAAAAUGAAUAGAACAGGUGCUGAUUCAUCAGAGGACACCGAUGAGACAGAGGCCAGAUUUUCAGAGGAGAUAGAGACUGAUUUAGUAGAGACCAAGUAUGGGUUACAGAAGGACAUGGAAGAAGACAUACUACAUAUGAGAACAGAGACUGUGUUGUCGGUGGAAACAGUGAAGACGGAUACUGACUCAUCAGACGAAUCACUGGAGUCCAGAUCACUUGAAAUAUCAGAGGCUGGAUUAUCUGAAGAAUCAGUGGACAGUGAGGCUGGAUUACAGGAGAUUUACACAGAAAUACCAGAUGUGGAGAAAGAGUCUGGAUUAUCAGAGGAGACCAUAGAUGCGGGAUUAUCAGAGAAAACAGAUGUGCCAGACACAGAAUUCGUGAAAAAUACAGAGGCUGGAUUAAUGCUAGAGGCUGAACUUUCAGAUGAGACAGAGGCUGGAAUAGUUGACACAGAGGCCAGACUUUUUUUGGAAACAACAGUGAUUGAGUCUGAAUUAUUGGAGGAAUUACCUGAGACUGAGUUUGGAUCACAGAAGGACAAAGAGGUAAAAAGACAGAGGACUGAGACAGAGCCAUUGGUGGAGACAGAUGUAGAGGAAUUAGUGGAAUCUGAGGCUGGGGAAACGGUGGAGACCGAAGUUGGAUUAGUGAGGACAGUAGCCAAAUUACCAGAGGAAGUUAGGCCAAAGAUUGAGCUAUUAGAAAAAAUGAAUAGAACAGGUGCUGAUUCAUCAGAGGACACAGAUGAGACCGAGGCCAGAUUUUCAGAGGAGAUAGAGACUGAUUUAGUAGAGACCAAGUAUGGGUUACAGAAGGACAUGGAAGAAGACAUACUACAUGUGAGAACAGAGACUGUGCUGUCGGUGGAAACAGUGAAGACCGAUACUGACUCAUCAGAUGAAUCACUGGAGUCCAGAUCACUUGAAAUAUCAGAGGCUGGAUUAUCUGAAGAAUUAGUGGACAGUGAGGCUGGAUUACAGGAGAUUUACACAGAAAUACCAGAUGUGGAGAAAGAGUCUGGAUUAUCAGAGGAGACCAUAGAUGCGGGAUUAUCAGAGAAAACAGAUGUGCCAGACACAGAAUUCGUGAAAAAUACAGAGGCUGGAUUAAUGCUAGAGGCUGAACUUUCAGAUGAGACAGAAGCUGUCUUAAAAGAGAAGACAGAAGAUAACACGCCAAACAAAUCACUGGAAAUUGAGGGAGGAUUAUUUUGGGAAACCGAUGAGACCGAGGCUUUGGUAACAGAGGAAGUUGUGAAGACAGGGCCUGGUGUAUCGAAGCAGACAGAUUUUGGAUCACAGGGUCAAUUACUGGAGAUCGAGGUUGGAGUAAUAGAGAAAUCCCAGGUUGAGUGGUCUGAGGAAACUGUGGAGACAGAUGCAGGAUUACCAGAGGAAAACAGAGGGGAUGGUGCAAAAGCAGGAUUCAGUUCCCCAUCAGGAAUCAAAAAUGUAGACCAGAAUCUUCAGCUUCAGGUAAUAAUAAUAAUACUUUCCCUAAUAAAGGGAUACUUAAGGAUGUUGGCAAUGAGGCCAUUUAUCUAGUUCACCAGAGUAAGAUAAACUUGUGGAAAUCAUUUUUUUGUCUCUGUGUCCAGUAUGAAGGAAGUUAGAGGUAGUUUCGUGAGCCUAAUGACUGGAAGUCUAUGGGUAUCUGCUAGCAUUGGCUAUCGAAACUACCUCUAACUUCCUUCAUACUGGACACAGAUACAUAAAAAUAGUAUCCACAAGUUCAUCUGAAUCUGGGGAAGUAGAUAAAGGGCCUCAUUGCCAAAAUCCUGAUGUAUCCCUUUAAAAGAAUGCAAUCAAAUACAUAUGAUUAUAAUAUCUAAUCGUAAGAGAUAAAGCAAACAUUAGUCUCUUUCAUAUAUUUUAUUGAAUUUGUUUCCCUUAUUUUUAUGUUAUCGAAAUUAAGCUUAAUCUAAAAGGAUGUUAUGAAUUUGAAAACUUGUCAGUAAAUCAGUUGUGUUUAUCAUACCAUUGCAGUUUGACGCCUCCGCUUUGGACUUCACUGCUCAAAAGUCUCGCAUUGCCCUCAAGAAUCCACAUGCCCGUCCACCCAGGGAUCCCCGUACUCUUCUACAGAUGCCAUCUUUGACCCCCUCCCCUUCAAAACCCACCGUACACGUGCCAGUCAGAGGUCCAAUAGGGAUACCAAUGAGGGGCAUGGGCGGCAUCGGAAUCAAACUGCCUGGUAAGUUGAAAAUAGGAAUUUAAUGUGUUGUCCUACUCUGUGUGUUCUUUCAUUCUGUUAUCGUUGGUGACACAAUGUUCUAUGACAGAUAAUGAUGAUGCCCAAAUUGAAGUGUGAAUGGAUAUCUUUGUUUGUUGUUUGUGUUGCUAUGAUGUUGUUCAGGACUCAGUGCUUCAGGGCUCACCAUCUUAAGAAAGACCGAAAAGGGGGUGAGAGAUGAAAAAAACACAGAGAACAUCCCUCAGGUACCUAUCAGAUACUUGCACUUUUUGAGCUCAACCUUUGAAUAGGUCUAGUAGUAUGCUUUAUUAUUCUGACUCUUGAUUUGAUUUGGCAAUGUCAUCUAUUCAACAGAAAUCUGAGAUCGAGCAAGAUGUAAGGGAUGAAUCUCCCAAGAAAGAAGAGACGCAAAACAAGCAAGAGGAGCGCAAAACUAAAUGGACACCGCCUAGACAUCCAGGGUAGGGAAUCAAUCUACAAGAUUCUCUUAAUUUCUUGUUUGAAAUAACUUAUAUGAAGAUAUUGCCUAUAUAAAUGUCACUACAUUUUUAUUAUAACACCUUUGUUCAAUAUAUAUCCACCAGAUUUGGAAGUCCCCUGAUGAUGAAUGAGCUGAAGAACAAGCUGAAGAAGACUACAAAAGAGAGCGGAGAUGAUUGACAGGACCUUUUUUCUCAUUGGUGAAACAUGGUCCAUGAACGAUGGGCUUUAAUUUAGUCAUAAGUAUCUCCAUUUUAUUGAAAACUCUCUUUGUCUAUUUCUUUUGGAUGUCUUUGUAAGAACAGUUUCAAAUAAAUAAUAUAUUUUUGUUUUGGACAGUGUUUACUUGUUCCAGAGUGUUUUUAAAAACUGGUGUGAUAAAAAAAAAGUUGACUGCUCAGGGCAUUACAUUGAUUCAAGAAGACUAUUUGUGACAUUUGUUUAUUUCUUUAUCAGUGGGUUUGCUUCAGCAAACAUCUCUUAUGCAUUAUUUCCAUACUAAGUAUUUCUAUAGCUACUGUAAACCAGUUAUAGCAUAUUGCAGUUUUUUUUUUUUUUUACGAUCACUUUGGCCUUUUCCAAUUAUAGAUAUUUGGGCUAGCCUAUAAUAGCCUAUAUACUGAUUGGUCUUAUAAAGCUUUUGUAUAAACCUUAGAUUAAUUACGUGAUUCAUAAG